UUUGACCCUCCAUACACCCAAAAAAUUGCAAGCCUUUUGAUGAUCAACCAACCUCAAAAAAGCUAUUAAUUUUACCUUUUGCUCUCGUUGGUGGUGCAAUUGUGCUGCCAUUUUUUAAGAAAACCAACAGAAUUAGAAUCUCUAGUCUGAGGUAAAUCAGAGAUUUGAUCUCACUAUCAGGAAACAUGGCAUGUCAAGUAAAGAAAAGACAAAUUGUGUUGGAUUUCUCUGGGGCGUAUCCAUGGAAUUUUCUUUGCAAUAGUAUUGCUAUAGCUUGCCAUUGCUUUCUUUCAAGAUGUUUUUUUUUUCCAACUUUUCAGUUUGGCCUUCAGGGACGGAAUAUCUUAAUAGUAUCCCACCCAAGUAUUAACCAAAUCUAAUUCUCUUUAUAAAAUGAGUAAUCAGGGAUAAGCAGACACACUUCCUUCUUCCCUGCAGUUUCAAUUCCGUAUCUGUAUACUAGGAAACCUAAUUUCUGCCCAGCUCGGCUAUUCCUCACUUCGCGCAAGCAGCAAAAUCUGUGUCUUCCCCUAAAAUGCUUGGCUCAAAAUUAGUUUAUCAACCGUCACUCCUUAGGACUGCAGCACACUGCGAUCGUUAGGGAGGCCAGCAACUAAGGACAAAACCCCUUCUUGACAUAAACAAGCUGAACGGCAGAGGAAGCUUCACCGGCUGAACUCCUGCCUGCUUUCAGCUAAAGCGCAUAGGCUCCGCUUCCCUGCCGCCUAGCCCUGAUCACAAAGCACCCAUCGGCUUCCAAUGAGGGAGGGAGGGGGGAGAGGAGGACACGAUCACGAGCUUUCUCCCCCACGGUCGUUGCUGAGAAGGCGGCUCGCAAACCGCGGGCGCCCUUGCCAGCGCAGCCGACUGUCACCUGAUCGAUGGCGGUCAUGUGACGUGCCGAGGAGGAAAUGCACCCGAGCCGCUGCGGGGGAUAGUCGGGGCCGGCUGCUUACUGAGAGCGGCAAAGAGCAGCGAUGGCCUGGACGAAGUACCAGCUCUGCUUGGCGGCGCUGAUGCUGAUCACCGGCUCCAUCAACACGCUUUCCGCGAAGUGGGCUGACAAGCUGAAGGCACCAGGCUGCCAUGGGACAGAACCACAUAAUUUCCAGCAUCCCUUUGUACAGGCAGUGGGCAUGUUUCUGGGGGAAUUUUCCUGCCUGGCUGUCUUCUACCUCCUGCUCUGCACUGACCGGAGGAGGCCAGAACCCACCAUGACACCACCUCAGUCCUUUAACCGAUUGCUGUUCUUGCCUCCAGCACUAUGUGAUAUGACAGGGACCAGCCUCAUGUAUGUGGCUCUGAACAUGACCAGCGCGUCUAGCUUUCAGAUGUUGCGUGGAGCUGUGGUCAUCUUUACUGGUCUGCUCUCAGUAGCUUUCCUGGGGAGGAAGCUAGUGCUGAGCCAAUGGCUGGGCAUCCUGAUCACCAUUGUAGGGCUGGUGGUGGUUGGCCUGGCAGAUUUGCUGAGCAAUCAUGAUGAAAGCCACAAACUGAGUGAGAUCAUCACAGGUGACCUUCUCAUCAUUAUGGCCCAAGUUAUUGUGGCCAUUCAGAUGGUGCUGGAGGAGAAGUUUAUCUACAAGCACAAUGUUCACCCUCUGCAGGCGGUUGGCACUGAAGGUUUCUUUGGGUUCGUCAUACUCUCCAUCAUCCUGGUGCCCAUGUACUUCAUACCUGGGGGCAGUUUCAGCGGUAACCCACGGCAGGUACUGGAAGAUUCUAUAGAUGCCUUCUGCCAGAUUGGUCAUCUGCCACUUAUUGCUGUAGCCCUGCUGGGCAAUAUCAGCAGCAUUGCCUUCUUCAACUUUGCUGGCAUCAGUGUCACGAAAGAGAUCAGCGCCACCACCCGCAUGGUACUCGAUAGCUUGCGCACCAUUGUCAUCUGGGUUGUCAGCCUGGCCAUUGGCUGGGAGGUCUUUCAUGGACUGCAGAUCCUGGGUUUCCUCAUCCUUCUCGUUGGAGCUGCCCUUUAUAAUGAACUGCACCAGCCCCUCCUUGCUCGCCUGCCCUGGGGGAGGCCACCAGCAGGGGUUGCAGUGAGAGAUGCUGAUAGAGAAGGUCUGAUGGCCACAGACGAGCUUUCCAUUAACGGAGAUAGUUGAUGGCAACGGAACUCUUAACUUCUGCACCGCAACUUUGGACCUUUUUAUUGAAUGAAUUGGCCUGUAUUGCUGGGAGAUCAGGCUAAAAACACUCAACUAGUUUCAAGAUCUGCUCUGUAGCUCUGGGGAUGCUUUGCUUAACUUUAAACAUCUGGGUGGCUCUCCAUUAUUUCAUUCUUCUGCCUUUUACUGAAGGAAGCAGAGGGGCCUUGUUACCCUUUCUCUAGCAACCACAGAGUAGAGGUCUGCUGCUGCUAAGCAGCCCUCAAGUGGCUAUGGGCUCUCCCCUGGGGUUGCUUAGAAGCCAUCUAAAGCCUUGCUCUAUCAUUCUUCAUCUGCAUUUUGGGAUGGGGACAGUGGACAUCAUUGGGAAGAUUUCCUGGAAACCUUAUAGUUCCUAAGCUGUACCAUCUGCCUUGUGGGUACCUGUCAUUUCAUUGUUUAUCUUCUGUUAAAAUAACACCACAAAGCAAUUGGAGGAGGACCUUUGCUUGUCCCCAAUAGUCCAGCCUGCAUAGAAGAUACUCUCAUGCUUUUGCCAAGUAGAAUCUUGUCUACUCUAUUUUAAAAAGGCGAGUGUUAAGUUUCCCUGAAACACAAUUUUCAUAAUUUCUCACUCUCAUUACUCUGCAGGAUCCAAUCUGAGUUGGUCACCAGAAGUUUCAUCUUCCAAACUUUUGGACUCGUGCUGGAGUCCAUUCUGGAAGGAGAGAAGUUCCCUGAAGAAGGGCUCCAGUACGAGUCUGAAAGCUUGGAAGAUUAAACCUCUGAUCCCAAUGACCGACCGACUCAGAUUGGAUCCUGCAACAUUAUCCUGGGACACGAAUAUUUGCCUCUCGCUCCUUUCUCCAACCAGAUGAUGGGCAAGAGGAGCAAUUCAACACAAGCAAGAGGAAACAGCCAACUAGGAAAGGUUACCCUAAUCUGCAUGUUUACUGUAUACCUUGCCUUUUAUUUGACCUUUUAAGUAAAAGCUGCUCUAGAGAGGUCUAAUGAAGUGCUUUCUGUUUUCCUUUCAUCACAUGAGAAGUUUAUUGCUGACCUGGGUCAAAGCUGGCUGUUGAGUAGUAAGAAAGGAGCUGCUUUAUUGAGUAGCCUCACAUCAAGGGCAUGGCAUGCAACAGUUUAUAGUCUGGAAUUACAGUCCAGCAUUUUUUGCCCUAUGAUACCCAGGAUCUGGGAUUUAGCAAAGCUGUUCUAGCUGCUAAAGAGAAUAGCUGGUCCUGGAUCAUGCAGUUAACACAGUUUGGAAGAAGGUAGCAUAAGAGUUACUUAUGUGUGCUAUUUUUUGCUAUUUGUACUGAAAAGGCCUAAAGGCCAAGUGCCAAGUAUUUCUUUUUUUAAUGAAAAAGGCCAGCAGUUGGCACGGUUGAUGUACUCCUUUGAUGUCUGUUUACUUCUCCACACAUGGAGCAAUAAGGAAAUAGAGACUUUUAGGAAAAUAUUGACUCAUUUCCAGACCAUUGCUCUUUCCAAAGAUGCUACUGGCCUGCCCUCUAAAAGAAAGCCCAUGGUAGAGCAGGCAUCCUGAUAAGUUGUGUCCUGUUGAUGGGCUUUAAGGGUGCACAGAAAGUGCCUUUUUUUUUUUUUUGAAACACAUCCGAAAUACUUGAGAUCAAUUGUCCAGGUAUCAGCAACCCCUCUUUGCUUGUCAGCUUCCUUAAGUGCUGAGCAGAUCUUGCCCAUGUGCCUCUUGGUAGCUGAUGACACCAUUGGGUGAUACUUGGUUGGGGCCCAGAAUGGUUCAGUUUCUCCUGGUUGGGAGAUACUAACAAGAACGCAGUUUUGUAAUCAAUAAAAUACUUUCUGAUUUGAAGUCCU